UUUCCUUAUUAUUUGCAUUGUGUUCACGUCAAACUAAUUAUGGCUGUUCGCAAGUUUUGUUUAAUAUUUCUGUUUCUAAUUAUCUUACAACUGAAGAUGGCCGACAGCAACCGUAUCGUCUUUCCUGAUGAAAUGGAACAGAUAAAAGCGAAAGUAGUGCCAGAGUCGCAAGUAACAAAUACCAAUACUGUGGAAGAACCACCUGAAGAAGCAGACGUGAAGAACAGGAAUAUGAUCGUUACUCCUCCUAACUGCCCGCCAGGACAGAAAAUGGGCGCUGAUGGCGUUUGCCGAGACAUAUUUUAAGCUUUCGCUCCUAACGUAGUAAACGUUAUGAUUAUUUACUUAGGAUUAAGGUUUCAAAUUGUCGAAUUAAAUCCCCAUCUAUUUAAAAUCACGAAUAUUGAGGAUAAGGAAGCAGUAUUAUUUGUUUGGAUUUUUCAUUUUUGUGUUGUUUUUAUGCUCUUUUGUAAACUAAAAGUAAACUUAGAUAUAAUCUUUA